CCGUGUGUUCUCUCUCUCUCCUGGGACAAUAUAGCUUGUGUUUUUAAUCGUCAUAGCCCCUUUUCUGCCGAGUGUUAAUAUUUGAUUAGUUUGAGUAGCUCUGACAUAACCCGGCCCCACUUGCUUUUUAUUGGGGUGUAGAGGUAGAGGGUUUAGGUACAUGGAUUUAGAUGAAACAUGGCAGACGAUUGCACAGGGGUCGGUUCCCAGCAGAAUCUAGCAGAAGAGGCAGAGGACAGCAAACAAAAGGAAACCACCCAGAAAGUGGAUGUUCCCCAGGAGGAAGAGUCUUUGACUGAGGACAACAAUAACAUCGACCCAAUUAAAGACGCGGAGACUGGGGGUGAGACUGGGACGGCCCCGGGGGUAGAGUCUCAGUUUGGCGGGUCUAGUGUGUUUAUUCGGGACUCUGAGGACGAGGGAGAUUCGGUAGACGCCGUGCCAUACGUGGAAGACAUCGAAACUGAAAGUAAAAAUGUGGAAGAACAAGAGAAUGGUGUGAAAAAGGAGGUGGAUGAUUCAGAAAUUCGUGUGGAUGUGGAAGAGGAAAUUGUGAUAAAGGCCGUGGAAUUAGAUAUUGGUGAUGAUUUAGUGGAAAAGGAGAGUGUAAAUAACGACAAAGAAUCAGACGAUAGUGAACAUGAGGAAAUAGAGGAAAGUGACGUCAUUGAUACGUCAUUGGAAAAUAUUCUUGGAAACGACCAAUCGCAAGACAAUAUGCCUGGCAGGGAGGAUGAAGUUCUAUCCCCAUCGUUACAGAAAGCCACGUGUCGUUACAGAUGGGGAAAAACUAUACGCACCAAUUCCCGCGAUGUUGUCUUCUUUCCCUCCUAUAAAAUGGAGGAACCGAUAAAGUUGAUCUGGGAUGAGCCAAGCGAGAGUUUUUUCUCACCUGAGUUGGAGGUAGCCACAGGUGUCUUCCGGGGAAACCUGGUCAUCGACGGCGAUACGUACCCCAUAGAGGACGUCGUUAUCAAACAUUACACGUUCGAAGCGGAUAUCUACAUAAAAGACGCUAUUUUGAAGGAAGUGCAUCGAAAAUACAUACUGGAAGAUGAAUUACCGGUUGACCAAAAUUUGAACCAAUUUGAGGAUGAAGUAAGAGAUACAGAAGAAAAUCGUACAGAGGAGGACACAAACCAAGAGAGACACGCUGAAAAUCAGGAGGAAAUGGACCUCAGUCCUGAGUCUUCGCUCAACCUCUCCAGCAAGUUUGAGGAACUGGUAAAGAAGCAGAUUUCUAAUGAAUCCAAAGAGCUAGAUACACACAACCCAGGAGGACGGAGAACACCGAUCGGUGAUGUCGCCUCAGAACCCUUUCAAGAUGGUGGGGGAAAUAGAUUUGUAGAUGAUGUUGUGGAAAGUCCUCAUUCCUCAAUGAGAAGUUCUGGAUCACAUCAUGUCCCUCAGAAAACAGUGGAGGAUAUAAUCAGAGAAGUGAAUAGUGCUUCAAACAGUGCUGAGCAUUACGGAAGUGAGGGUAGAAGAUCUCCUAUUAGGUCGGGGGAGAAUUCCCUAAACGGCUCGAUCCAUAUUGUAGAGGACGUGAUAGCAACACAAGAUAUGAAGUCCCCACUUGGAUCUCCCUAUCACUCCGGACAAGGCUCACUCAGACAGACUCCUGUCAGGGACGUGUCACCAAGGUCACCCCAAAAGUCAAUCGAAGGGUCAUUACAAGGCUCCAACAGACAGACCCCCACUGCAGGCUUUGUUGAUGAUGUUCUUGGACAGUCCACCCCUAUAAAUAGGUCGGAGCAUGGGUCAGCCAGACAGACCCCCUCCUCACUGAGGAACACCCCACAGCUUAUCAACGAUGUGCUACAGACGAGUGGAGAGAAGCUUUAUUCAACUGGAUCGGUCGGAUCUGGAGGAAGCCGGCCCCAGAGCUUGACCAGCGAGCAGGAACUUAACCAGUACUUCGAGAGGGAUGGCAGUCAGUCUGGAUCUGUUCACGGAUCCGAGAGAUCAGGAUCCAACAGAACUCCGGUAAUUCCAUCUCCGAAUGCAAGGACAUCUGAGCGUGCCCACAGCACAUCCAGUCUUCCUGUGAUUACGACACAGCAGAGGCUGUUGACGGAGCGACGGAGCAUGACCCCAGACAAUCACAUCCGGGUCCCUGGGGAAACCUCACCAGCUUUCAGGGUGAACAAUCCAGGUGCUAACAGGUCCAAUGUCUCGUCUCGAGCCAGUGAGAGAACUAUUACUCCAGGAGCUGUGGAGAAUGGGUACUCUGAGGAGGCCCAAACCCAGAGAAUCCAUGACCUUGAGGACAACGUGAGGAACUUGAGGAAGUUGCUAAGCAGCAGGGAGGUCGAAGUUCAUGACCUCAGUAAUGAACUUAAGGAGUUGAAGAUGUUGAAUCAACAGUUGACUCAGGAAUUGGAUGCAGCCAAAAUGAGGGAGCAGCGUUCAUCUCCAGCCUAUAGCAACAUACAAGAGUUGGAGAGGCGGUAUAAGCAGGUGCUGAGCGAGAAGGAGAUAAUGGCGGGGGAGAUUGUCAAACUUCGUGAUCAGCUGGAGGAGAUAGGGAGGGGCAGAAAUGGUCAGCCAGAUGGGCAGACUAGCGAGGGGAUAAGCUACAACCCAAACAACCCCUAUGUCUUACAGAGAAAAAUAGCGGACUUGGAAAGUCAGGUCCAGGAUCUACACGAGGCCAAUGAGACGGCGGUAGGGAAGCUCUCUCAGGCCGAGGAGAGAGUGGAGGAGUUACAGCGGGCCAAUGAAGCCCUGAGGCUUGGUCAGGGGUCACAGAACCUUGACCUCCAGGAGGAAAACCAGCGCCUGCAUGACCAGAUAUCCAAAAUGUACGAGAAGGGAUACGGUCAUGGUGGUACUAGUACAGACUCUGAGCACAGGAUACAGAUAGAAAUACAGCAGCUGAGGGAGGACAACCGGGCGCUGAGGGAGAGGAAUUACAAGCUCCAUGAGGAGAGCAUGCAGGUCCGCGAGGAGUUAAUGAAGCUGAAGGAGGAAGGUCAGAGGUCGCUGCCUCCACGUGAUGUCAGGUCGUCGCCCCGGGAUACCAGGCCACCACGGGACAUCAGGACAAUAUCGCCGCGAGAAGUACGGACACCUCUACACUCCAGGGGAUACAGUCUAGAAAGGUCACUGGACUUAGGAUCUGAGCGAUUUUCCAAAGAUAGAAUUAUCCCAGGCAGGCUUUCCUUAGAGCAGGAGGAUGCACGCCUGCUAAGCAGUAUACACAGACAGACAGACAGCAAGUACAGCAGGACCGAGGGCGAGACUCUCAAUAAAUACAGACCAACCCUGGACAAAAACAGUGAAAUUAAAGACAGUGCUAACAAAGAGGAAUCUUUGUUCAGUCGGAGUAUACAAAAGGCUGAGACCCGCCUCCGGAGCAGUAUCCAACGGGCCGAUGCUAAUUUCAGAAAAAUCACAGAUGGAGAGGAUGCUAAGCCAAGAUUUGACCGAUUUUCCAGGAUGAGUAAUAGUCUGGACAGACAGACAGAUCGAAGAAAAUAUGACCUUGAGGAUACACCAAGGUCAGAGGGGUAUAGAUCAGGUCCCGAUGGUGGUAUAGGAGAUAGAGAACCAAUGUCAGCUACACUACCUCGCUAUAGUGCAUCACGGCAGAUGGAGUCAGAAUACAGGGAAAGGUCCAGGACACCUGAUCCAGCAUCAUACAACACAUACGCUAUCGAAACAGAAUGGCACCGGUAUGACAGAGAGAGAAGGCGACGGAACGACAUCCCAGCCAGUAAAUCCUGCACAGAGCUGUCCAAACCUGCCUACACAGACCCCGCCUACAAGGAGGCGGAGAGAUCCAGCACGUACCAACAGGACGGCAGGUCAGCGCCAAACUUCAACGACAGCAACAGAGAAUGGUCACGGUCUGAGGCAGAUCUUAGGCAUGCUCACGCUCCCUAUAGAGGGCGCUCCAGAACGCCUGACCUUGGGUUGUCAAGGCGACGACCUUCCUCUCCCGGGUACAUGAAUCUCCCAUCACCAAGUCGCUAUCAGCGCACCAUUUAUCUGCACACUGACCAUGCCCCGCGACCUAGAUAUGACUGGGAGGGUAGGUUUGCAUGCUCUAAUUGCGGUCACCACUUUGACCGCAGUAGCGGAGAGGAGCCCAUCCCCCAGACAUCAACUCUGUUGGAGAGCAGUCACACGGACUACCUAUCGGGGUCCUACCACAAACCUGGCAACCCCGCCCUAUCUGUGUACCAGCCCAGCUACCAAAACAAGGGGUACGAUGGGAUGAAAAAAUCCUCGCUCUACCAGGACGGGGAAGAGAGCGAUACAGGCACCGACAUCCUGGUCAACACCAAGCUACAGGACAUAUCCCCCCGCCUCUCCCCCACCAACCCCGAUCCCCUCCACCGGAGGACAGGCAGUCACCAGUACGGAUACCGCAGGCGACGAGACUCCCUGGGGUCAGAGGGAUCACUGUCAGAGGAGGAGAUGGAGAAGCCGACGUUCUCCAAACACCCCAGGUCUAAAUCUGCUGACGGAAGAGAAUUAUUACGGAGUUCCCUCUCAAUGGGGAUGGAGCGGUCAGGACCAGUCGGUACAGAAAGGUCAAUGAUUUUGAUGACCCAACCCCUGGAUCGCACUCUGAACACCAGGAACCCCCCACCCCCAACAGCAAACCUCCGAACCAUCACCCCCGGCGUACUGACUACCCAACACAACAGAAACAUGCUCGCUUCUUCUGCAGGCUCCCUAAUGUCACUGACGACUGGACUUAAACCAUUCUCUCCUCGAUCUCCUGGAGACUUAAACCUAGAGGAUGUGGUCAAAUUCUCCAGGGCGGGGGGAAAGCUGAGUCAGGGGACGGUCAAGUUUGUGGGUCAUCUACCGGGCCGCAGUGAUGCCUACCUCGGGGUGGAGCUGGAUAAAGAAGAUGGGAAACAUGAUGGCAAAUUUGAAGGAAUGAGAUAUUUCAGAUGUAAACCCAACAAAGGAGUGUUUGUAGCUUUCAACAAAGUUGUGAUGGCUUGGACAAGAUGAGGUCUACUGCCGGUCUAGGAGUUAUUUCCCUUUGAUGCAGCUUUUGCUAGAAAAGCACACCUCACACAGUAUAUACAUUGAAAUACUUGUACUGGUGAACACUAAAUCCAAAACCUUCAAUCAUCAUUGCCAUAUCUUAGUUUUAUAAAAAUCACAUGUAUAUUUAUUUUCAUACACAUUUUUAUGACAUUUGUUAGCAACAAUAUUUAUUGCUUAUUGAUGGUUUUUUAUUUUCAUUUCUUAUUUUUGAAAGACUGAAUUAUUUGUAAAAUCUUAUUUUUUUAAUGAUAUUUGUUGUACAUUUUUUGAUACACAAAUAUUCAAUAUGGAGGAAGCCAAUGUCUCUACCUACAGCCAUACACUGGCUGUCUGUUUGUCCGUCCAUUUGUCUGUGUUGUUUUGGAAUAAAUGUUUUGGAAAGGUUAAUAGGCGUUUGAAGCAUUUAUUAAGUAAGUGUUAGAAUUUUUUGCUUGCUUUGUAGAACAGUUUACUUCCAAAGGUGUAUGAUUUUGAAUAAGUAUGUAGUUUACAAUUUUUUUUACAGAAGAAUUAUACAUGUAUUCAUAAACCUGUCAUAUUUUUAUAACCUAUUAAUAAGGCUUUUUUUAACCUUUUAAUAAAACCUUAUAAUUUCAUGAAUCCGUCCGUUUUUUAAAUAUUAUUUAUAAUUACAUCCGUCCACUUUGUAUAGCCUCUGGUAAACCUGUUUCUUUUAUAUUUAGUCAUUCUACAGAGGUUUUGAGUUGGAAUAAAGUGCUUACUUUUGAAUUACCUGCAUGUAUAAAUGAGCUGUGAUAUAGUUUAGGACGUCAGAGAACUGACAUUGUUUGUUUGUAUUGUCCAUCAAUAUAUAUCUAGUUUAUGUAAUUUAUUUUUUGUUUGUGCAGACCAAAUAAUUUUAUCUAAUUCAAUUGUUUUGAAUAAAUUGAUUUACAAGGAGAAA